UUCUUUGACCAAAAACGUGUUUUCGUCUUCGGUUAAAAGGUUGGGUGUGUGCAGAAAAAAAAGAAACAAAAAGAAGGUUCUCAGGAUUGGUGAGGUGAUCGACCGAGAGAGACAGUACGGAGUGGUCUGGUGCGCGCCCCAUGAGGCGGUUGAGGUACUUUACGACUCGGAACUUGCACAAACCAAACAUCAGGAGACGUUUCCUGUACUUUCGAUGCCAUCCUAGGUCGUGUAGGCAACUGGGAGCCUUCAAAUGGUCAACGAGCAGAGUCUGCACACAAUGCAGAACCGCCCCCAUCGCCCUUCGGCAUCGCAUCGCCAACGCACUUGUGCCGGAAAGCCCAAUCAUGGGCCCGACCCACCCGGUCAGGAAUGCAGAUUCAUGCAGUCCGGGCCCGCUCGCUUUUCUCAUAGGGCGGGGCCGGAACGGCAAUGAGAGUCAUCGUCCCAUCUCGGACUUGAAUGGCUGCUUUCCCUGGCCUACUUGUCCAAGCACGGAUUGGUUCCUUCAACUUGUUAAACGAGACCAUGUAAGAUGGCAUCACGAUGCUGAGUUGCUGCAGUGUUGCACGUCUAGAUCUGUCUCCCCGCGUCUUGCUGUGUCGGUAGGCAUGCGUCUGAUAGAGCUGCGUACGGAUAUCUUGGGGUACGAUGCCCUUGUCCCUCCGUAGUGGGUACCGAUCUCGCUGGAAGAACCGCACUGUUUGCAGGAACUGCGUCACUGAGGUAUCCGUACACAGACUCGAGAUCGCCAUCAUGUUGUUGUGGUCAAGUCAUUGGAGUUUGUUCCCAAGGUGACUCCGAAAGACGUGUCUCCAUGACAGACUUGUUCUCGCGUCAUUGGCUUUGCGUCUCGAAGUCGAAAGUGGUCUCGAACACUGAACAAACGGCUCCGAUAGGCCGUUCACAUCGGCCAUCGGCCAGACGAUGUACUUCAAAUACUCGAAAUGUACUGUGAUGAUAUGUCUUCCCCUCCAUCCUUUCGAGGAAAAGUAGAUA